ACAGAGGGAGGAAGAAGCGGCGGCGGCGGCUCCUCUUUGCAGAGGUGGAAACUCCGAGGGAUAAGAGCAGGAAUAAUGCGGUAGGCUAGGCGGGCUGCUCGCUCCCGGCUCCGGCAGCAGCGGCAGCAGCCCGAGCAGCGGCAGCAGCAGCGGCAGCACCUCAGGCGCUGACAGCCCCGCCGGCCGGCUCCCUCGCUGACCGCCGACUGUCAAUGGAGCUGGAAAACAUCGUGGCCAACACGGUCUUGCUGAAAGCCAGGGAAGGGGGCGGAGGAAAGCGCAAAGGGAAAAGCAAGAAGUGGAAGGAAAUCCUGAAGUUCCCUCACAUUAGCCAGUGUGAAGACCUCCGAAGGACCAUAGGGGGCGGUUCCUGGCUCCUCCUCUACAGUUGGCAAGGACACAGUCAUUCCAUCCUCCCAGACAGAGAUUACUGCAGUUUAUGUGACAAGCAGCCAGUUGGGAGGCUGCUUUUCCGGCAGUUCUGCGAAACCAGACCUGGGCUGGACUCUUACAUUCAGUUCCUGGACUCAGUGGCAGAAUAUGAAGUUACUCCAGAUGAAAAACUGGGAGAAAAAGGGAAGGAAAUUAUGACCAAGUACCUCACUCCAAAGUCCCCAAUUUUCAUCGCCCAAGUUGGCCGGGACCUGGUCUCCCAGACGGAGGAGAAGCUCCUUCAGAAACCCUGCAAAGAACUCUUUUCUGCCUGUGUGCAGUCUGUCCACGACUACCUGAGGGGAGAACCCUUCCACGAGUACCUGGACGGCAUGUAUUUUGAUCGGUUUCUCCAGUGGAAGUGGUUGGAAAGGCAACCGGUAACCAAAAACACUUUCAGGCAGUACCGAGUACUAGGAAAAGGGGGCUUUGGGGAGGUCUGUGCCUGCCAGGUUCGGGCCACGGGUAAAAUGUAUGCCUGCAAGCGCUUGGAGAAGAAGAGGAUCAAAAAGAGGAAAGGGGAGUCCAUGGCACUGAAUGAGAAGCAGAUCCUAGAGAAGGUCAACAGUCAGUUUGUGGUCAACCUGGCCUACGCCUACGAGACCAAGGAUGCGCUGUGCUUGGUCCUGACCAUCAUGAACGGCGGGGACCUGAAGUUCCACAUCUACAACAUGGGGAACCCUGGCUUCGAGGAGGAACGUGCCCUGUUCUAUGCGGCAGAGAUCCUGUGCGGCCUGGAAGACCUCCACCGUGAGGACAUCGUCUACAGAGACUUGAAACCUGAAAAUAUCCUGUUAGACGAUUACGGCCACAUUAGGAUCUCGGACCUGGGCCUGGCCGUGAAGAUCCCGGAGGGAGACCUGAUCCGCGGCCGGGUGGGCACUGUCGGCUACAUGGCUCCAGAGGUCCUGAACAACCAGAGGUACGGCCUGAGCCCCGACUACUGGGGUCUGGGCUGCCUCAUCUACGAGAUGAUCGAGGGCCAGUCGCCCUUCCGCGGCCGCAAGGAGAAGGUGAAGAGGGAGGAGGUGGACCGCCGGGUCCUGGAGACCGAGGAGGUAUAUUCGCACAAGUUCUCCGAGGAGGCCAAGUCCAUCUGCAAAAUGCUGCUCACCAAAGAUGCAAAGCAGAGGCUGGGCUGCCGGGAGGAAGGGGCAGCAGAGGUCAAGAGACACCCCUUCUUCAGGAACAUGAAUUUCAAGCGCUUAGAAGCCGGGAUGUUGGACCCUCCCUUUAUUCCAGAUCCCCGGGCCGUGUACUGCAAGGACGUGCUGGACAUCGAGCAGUUCUCCACCGUGAAGGGCGUCAACCUGGACCACACAGACGACGACUUCUACUCCAAGUUCUCCACGGGCUCCGUACCCAUCCCUUGGCAAAGCGAGAUGAUAGAAACAGAGUGCUUUAAGGAACUGAAUGUGUUUGGACCUAACGGUACCCUCUCACCGGACCUGAACAGAAGCCACCCUCCGGAACCGCCAAAGAAAGGGCUGCUCCAGAGGCUAUUCAAGCGUCAGCAUCAGAACAAUUCCAAGAGUUCACCCAGUUCCAAGACCAGUUUUAACCAUCACAUAAAUUCAAACCAUGUCAGUUCAAACUCCACCGGAAGCAGCUAGCUGCAGCUCUGGCCUGAAGUCCACGGUGGGACAGCCUAGACCCUUCUCCUUAGAAGCGGACUUGUGACCGGUGGAGCUUCCGCUCUGGCGGGCGGGCGGGGGAGCCCUCCAGGAGCCAGGGAAGGAGGCCGUCCAGCCCCGAGAUGGGGAGCCUCCAGGUUCCUCAAAGAGAUUUCCACUCAGGUCUGUGUUCGGAGGCGGCCCUCAAGCCAAGGUGGAUUGGCUGUGUCUCUGUCGAACGUUGCAAUAGAAAUCCAAUUGGAUACAACUUGCACGUAUUUUAACAGCGUCAUAAC